AUGGACAACCACCCUGUGAGCCGCGCUCGUAGGACAUCCCCCCACGCGCAGACACCACCCCUCGCGCUUCGUGCAUCUUGCGUCCCUUCACGAAACAAGUGUGGCCAACCCAAGCCAGUAGAAAAUGCGGAGAUUGCAAGCGGCAGCGGCGGCAAGCUGCGGUACUCGUGCAUCAGGAAUUACAAGAGGCAGGCGGGCACGUCCAGCCUCAUCCUGUGCAAGCAGGAUGAGGCCACGAAAGAGUUUCGAUGGACUGAGGCGCAGCUGAAAUGCAUUAGAGACCCAUCGCUGCCUGAUCCUCCUCCUGAAGCCACAACGGAAGAUUCCAGAAGAGAAACAGCGAGUUCCACACCAUCGGCUCCAGAGGCUACCAGUGCAGCCCCCUCAGCGGCCCCCCUGCACCCCCAUGGAAGCGGGACCGCCUCCCAGCCAGCCUCAGACCCCGCCAGCACGCCGCCUGGGACGGCCUCUCUGCCAUCGCCCAGCCCUAGCAGCCCGUCGACGGCCACCGCAGAGGCCGGCCGCUGCUGCCCCGCCACCGCCACCGCAGGUGUGACGCGGCCCCCGAGCACCAGCCCACCAGCCUCCCAGGCCCCGGCUAGCACGAUGCCCGGGAGCGGCGACAGAGGAACCUCGGCGCCCGCCGGCCGGAUCCCGGGGAAUGCGACACGGUCGUCCGACAAGAGCGUGCGGCAGGGAAUCACAGGAUCGCCUUACUUCAGGAUUGGAUUCCCUUUCCUAGUAUUAUUAGCGGUCAUCAUAAUAUGCUUCGUUUUAUGGGUCCUUUAUAGAAGACCGAGAUGUUCUCUGAGAUGGACAGGCAUUGCAGGGGGAACAGACUUUCCGCAGAGGGUGCUGGCUCCCACGAUGUCUGAAGGAGGCGGCCAGAUUGCCCCAUCAGGCAACGGGCCAGAAGAUUCAGGUGCUGCCCCCGAAGGGAUGCCCAUGCUCCCCAUGGGGGCGCAGGGGGCCACCUCGACCGGUUGAGCAGGGCUGAGAGGCAAAACCAAGACUUCCUCAAAACACAGAGAUGGCCUUAGAGGUGAGCGGAGCAGCAUGUUGCCGGAUGCCCGGUGCAUUUCCUGGCAUGCCGCAUCGGAAAGCGGUGCUGGAGAGCGCACUGUGGAAUCUCACGGCUGGCACCGCCCUGCCCGUUCCAGCCCCUCGCCGGAGUUAAGGCCAAAGUGGGCGAAAACUGCUCCUGGCUUGCCCACAGGGUAAUCACUUUCGGAAGGAUAGCUCGUUUGCCAAGCAGGAGAGAGCGCGAGAGGAGAGAGCGCGCGCGUGUGACACACGGGAUGCUGGAGAGCAACAUCCUGCCCUGCUCAGAAGAGGCCCAGGGCACUGGAAGGAGAUGAGGCAGCGGGAAAAGGUUGGAAGAACGUGGGAACCAUCCAUCCAUCGUUUGACCCACUGGGCGAUUGGAGAGUGAAAGGUGGGAUGAGCCUCAAGGACGCCGUCCACUGGAAAUGAGGGGCAAGGCCCGGGGGUCUGAGGUGGCCCCGCUCUGCUGCGAGCUGGAGUGGAAGGCAAGGCAGAGGCAAGAAAUUGGUUUCCUCUCUCCUCCGACCAGCUGGACCACCGCCAGAAUCUGCUGUGACGUCAUCCCUCCGAGCUGAAUGGGAGACCACAAAACCGUCACACCUGGGGGGGAGGUCUUUUGAGCCCCCGUUUGCUUUCAGGCCUUAUGUUAAGGCAGGGGGCAGGAGCUGCAUCCCAGUCCAGCCCUUAGGAGCUCCCUAGAAGGCCCCCCGCUUCCCAUGGCCCCUCCCCGUUUCCCCCAACGACCGGUAAUUCAGUGGCACCCCAACGUUAAUGCGAUGGCGCGCUGAAUUCUGAAAGGAGAAAAUGCCUUGCUAAGGCUUAGUCACAAUCGGUGCUGAAAGAGGCCGGGGGGGGGGGGGUGCCCUAUCCUCUGCCAGAAGGCAGUCCUCGAAAGUUUCCCCCAUAGAAUUUGGCCUUCUGCCAGCGGGGUCAGACAUGGGGGGAAGCCUGCCAGAGGCUCCUGGUCCAGAGGAAGAGCGUGAUGAGCAGGCGAGCGAGCUUCAUUUUACGGUGGGAUUGCUUGGCGUGUGUCGGGCAGAUCCUGGGAGUGUGGCGACCGAGCGCCUGAGGCUGGUUCUUUUAGCGCAGCGACUCAGAGACCAAGGUGCCUUUCUGAAAGUCCGUUUUGCGACUUGUUGGCCAACGAAGGACUCUUUAAAUCCGGGAACUCUGCAGCGUUGACGUUGUUUCCCAAAUUGCAAGGCCUCCGUAACCUUGUCUUACCGUACACACAGGGUCAGUUUCUUCCAAAUGUUUACAUGUUACUGGAAUGUGUGAGAAGGGAAAGUCUGCUACCCAUCAUGUCGCUUUUGCUGCGGUUUUGCUUUUGGAAUAACUUGCCAACACUCCAGUGGUUUUCUGAGAGAAGCCAGUUCAAGAGGCACCCAAGCUGUCCAGAACACAAUUCCCCUGAAGCAAGCCAUGCGACUGGUGCCUACUACUCAAAGGAAGGCCUCAUGAGUUUAGAGACAGAUUACUUGGUUCCUCUGGAAAGAAACUGGAAAGCCGGGGGCCUUGACUUAGUGCGGUGUGGGUCCCAAAACCGGUGCAUAAAUUACCCUGGCCUGGGGGACAGAGGAGAUCCAAGGCCCUUCCUUUUUGUAAUGGUCCCUUAAAUUCAGAUUUUAGAUGGUUAGAGAGGGAUACGAAUUAGCUAGAAGUGGAGAAAGUCGGGGGUUGGAGUCUGUGGGGCAGCUCCUGUGUGGUGUAUACUUGUCCCCAUAUUUCAAGUACUUCCCAGCCUUGGGCUUUACCUUGGGGAACAUGGAAGCAAAAUUGAAUUUGUUUACACUUCACUUGAAA